AUGGCGCCCUCGGGCCCGGGCAGCGUCAGGCGGCGGUGCCGGCGGGUGCUGUACUGGAUCCCGGUGGUGUUCAUCAGCCUCCUGCUCGGCUGGUCCUACUACGCCUACGCCAUCCAGCUGUGCAUCGUGUCCAUGGAAAACAUUGGAGAACAAGUUGUGUGCCUGGUUGCUUAUCAUCUACUUUUUGCAAUGUUUGUCUGGUCGUAUUGGAAAACCAUCUUUACGUUACCAAUGAACCCUUCAAAAGAAUUCCAUCUCUCUUAUGCAGAGAAAGAGUUGCUGGAGAGAGAGCCAAGGGGAGAAGCCCAUCAGGAAGUUCUUAGGCGAGCGGCCAAAGAUCUUCCCAUCUGCACCAGGACCAUGUCUGGAGCAAUCCGCUACUGUGACAGAUGCCAGCUUAUCAAACCAGAUCGCUGCCACCACUGCUCCGUCUGUGAUAAAUGCAUUUUGAAGAUGGAUCAUCAUUGCCCAUGGGUGAACAAUUGUGUUGGAUUUUCAAAUUAUAAAUUUUUCCUUCUUUUCUUGGCUUAUUCCCUGCUGUACUGCCUUUUUAUCGCUGCUACAGAUUUACAGUAUUUUAUCAAAUUUUGGACAAAUGGUCUACCUGAUACUCAAGCCAAGUUCCAUAUUAUGUUUUUAUUCUUUGCUGCAGCUAUGUUUUCUGUCAGCUUGUCUUCUCUGUUUGGCUAUCAUUGUUGGCUAGUCAGCAAAAAUAAGUCUACAUUAGAGGCAUUUAGAAGUCCAGUAUUUCGACAUGGAACAGAUAAGAAUGGAUUCAGCUUGGGUUUCAGUAAAAAUAUGCGACAAGUUUUUGGCGAUGAGAAGAAGUACUGGUUGCUACCCAUUUUUUCAAGUCUAGGUGACGGCUGCUCCUUUCCAACUUGCCUCGUUAACCAAGAUCCCGAACAACCAUCUACUCCUGCAGGACUGAAUUCAACAUCUAAAAAUCCUGAAAACCACCAGUUUCCUGCCAAGCCGUGGCGAGAGUCCCAGAGCCACCUUCUCACCGACUCUCAGUCUUGGACGGAGAGCGGCACAGACCCGGGAAAAGACAUAGCUGGUAUGAGCAAUCCUGCAUUGACCAUAGAGAAUGAGACUUAACUCUCCCAACAAAACGAAUUCAUGUUUUAUGAAAGUAUCAGUGCUGCAGAUGAAUGGAAGAGGCGCCAUUGGCCGAUCCUUCCCACUUCCCUUUGGCUGGAUAUGCAGAACAUGAACGGAUGAGUUCUCUCCCAGCUGUUGCUUAAAACAUCAUUUUUAAUUCAAGAUGCAGAU